AUGAGUGUUCUUACCCUUACUGGGCUCUAUGUCAUUUUAUCAAUUCCAGUUAAGUUAUUACUCCUUUUACUUAGUUAUCCAUUUGUAGGAGGAUUUGGAAGAAAGUAUAAACACCAUUUAGGUCAUUCCCUUCGUUUAUUAUUAUGCCGAACUGGUUUAAUGGUUCCAGUUAGGGACUGUGCCUAUAUUUGUAUUUAUAGUAAUGAAGUUUUAUUAAAAACUAUUAUUAAAAUCCUUCAUAGAAAUUAUCUUAAUAAAGAAAAAUUGAAUGAUUAUGGUAAAAGAUAUGAUGAAAACUCAUUUUGGAUUGUUAAACAACCAGAUAUCAAAAAGAAUGAUCCUAUUAUUGUUUAUUUACAUGGUGGAGGUUAUUAUUUUGAAACCAUGCCUUCUCAAAUUGAAUCAUUAUUAGCAGUUCAAAAAUUAUUAGAUCCAUCCCUUAGAUCAAAAGUAUCAAUCUUACUUUUAGAUUAUAAAUUAGCUUGUCGAGGUUAUACUAUGCCUAAUCAAUUAAAUGAAUUACAUCAAACUUAUAAACGUUUAGCAUUUGAAGAAGGUUAUACCAAUAUUCUGUUUAUUGGUGAUUCAGCAGGAGGAAAUUUAGCCGUAACUUAUUUACAAUAUUUAAAAUUAGUAAAUGAAAAGACUCCUAUCGUUUAUCCCAAUAAAGUGGUUUUAAUUAGUCCUUGGGUUAAAGUCGCUAUUGAAGAACAUCAAUAUGCUCCUGGUAAUUCAAUGUAUGAUAAUGAUCCUAUUGAUAUGAUUCAAUAUAGAGCUUUCCAUGAUGUUGACAGAGCAAAAGCUAUCGUUGGACCUUCAAAUGUUCAUAGUUUAUUAAUCUCACCUGGUAAUACCCCUUAUAAACAUGACGAUUGGACUUCUAUUCCAACUUUAUCGUCCCCAACUUCUGAUAUAUUGGUGUUAGUGGGUGAAGAUGAAGUGUUUAGAGAUGAUGUUUUAACUUGGGCAAAAUAUGCUUUAGGUGUACCAUUAUAUGGAAAAUAUAAAUAUGGUGAUUCUGAAGGUAAAAACUUAAAUAAAUUAACUUAUAUUAGAAAAAGUGAUGAAAAAUCUGCUGGUAUCAGAUUUUAUAUUGAACCUUGGGGAGUUCAUGAUUCUACAUUAUUUUUUGAAAGUCAUUUAUUAAGAAAAUUAACUAAAAAUCCAAAAUUAACCAUUGAUGCUCUUGAUCAAGAUGAAUUUUUCGGAAUUACUAGAAUUGUGAAGUUUUUAAAUGAAACUUUAACUUGA